UCAACUAAAAAAUAUUUAGUUUUAAAAAAAAGUAACUUAAAACAAUGUAUCUUAAGUGUUUGUUAACUGCCUGUUUAGUGGCAACAAUUGUGAGUGCACGAUCAACACAAAAUACUCAACAAAAUGCGAUACCAGAUGCUGUCGAAACACCGCGUGGAUCAUCAGAUAUUACAUCAUAUAUGGGUGAUAUCAGAUUUUUAUACAAAGUGUAUCAAGAAUGUUCGGCAACUGAUUUAUCAUCGUGCUUAAAAUUAAAGUUAGUCACAGCAAUUGAUCGUGUAGCACGUUCAUAUUCUUCAGUUCCAUUAUUCGAUGGAGUGAAUUUCGUUAAGGACCCAAACACCAUCGAUACAUCAGCACCAAUCAAAAAUGAAGCUGAAUUAGAAGCAUCUUUACCAAGAUCGUUAGCAGAUCGUGAAGAUACAUUAAAUGGAUUAAUUUUUGAAAAAAUUAUUGAUUUCUUCCAAUCACAUACCUUACAGAUUAAAUUACCAACCGCCACUGACUUAGAACGAUCAUUCAAUGAUGCCGCUGAAGGACGUGGUAAAAAGAAGAAAAUGGGUGGUUUAUUAUUGGUUCCAUUGAUGAUUGGUGGUACCUUGAUUCCAUUGGCUUUUGGUGCAUUAGCUUUGUUAGCUGGUAAAGCUUUAAUUGUAUCAAAAUUAGCACUUGUAUUAGCCGGUAUUAUUGGAUUGAAAAAAUUAUUGAGCGGUAGCCAUGGUGGUCAUGAAAGUGGACAUGUCGAAGUUGUAGCCGGAGGACAUGGAGGCGGUGGUUGGGGACGAUCAUUCAAUAAAGCCGAAGAAGCACAAAAUCUUGCCUACAGAGCACAUGCUGCAGCUCAACAAAAUACACAAUAAAAAUAAUUAUUUAAUUUAUUUUUGUCGACUGAUGUGUA